UAUUGACAUCAUUUACAACAAAUGGCGCACCGUUAGAUGAUAACAAUGAUAGGAUGGGAGGACAGGAGGUAGUAGUAGUAGAGGAUGACAGUCUGGAUCGGUUAGUUAGCAAUAGUCAAUCGUUGGUCAUCAGCGGCAACAACAACAACAACAAUCAUCAUCAGCAUACCGGUGCCGACCACCACCACCAUCAGCACCCACGGCCUAAACACCAGCACCGGCCUAAACGACACGAAAAACUACGUAAAUUUCGGACAAACUUCGAUAUCGUCGAAAUGCCCGAACAUAUGCAAUCGGAUGCCAUUGAAUUUGCUACCGAAUCCCUGGACAAGUAUGGCCAGGACUACGAUGAAGCUGCCGAUCAUAUGUGUAGACGUAUUGAACAAAAAUAUCGGGAAAUCUGGUCGUGCUUGAUUGGCCAAAAUUUUGGCUACUCUAUCGAGGAACCGGAGCCCGGCAAAUUUAUGCUAUUUUAUAUUGGCAAUGUCAAUAGGAUCAGGGUAAUGGCCUAUGUAUCGAAAUUGUCAUCGUCAUCAUCAUCACAAACGUAACCUUUAAUCACCGUAACACAUCCCGUUCCCCAUCACCACCACCCCACCAUUAACCAAUCAUCAUCCACCCAACCC